AUGCCUGCCUUUGACACCUUCUUAUCCUACCUCAUCACUAUUCUCAUAGUUUCUCGAGCUCAGGAACUCGUGGUCUCCCAGCCCAGGUCUGCGCAAGGCACUGAAGGCAGGUCUAUCACCUUAAGGUGUUCCUACAACUAUAUCUCCAAGCCAAAGGUUGGCAGCUACCAGUGGGUGAAGGAUCCAGGCCUGGUGGUGGUCAAAAACUCCACCCCAGAAUUCACGGGAAGGGUGAAUUGCACCUCCGACCACCACUUCCUCUUGGACCAGAGAGCAGACUUAGAGAUACGAGAUCUGAGACAUUAUGACUCGGGGAUAUACAGAUGUGUGGUGAGCCUCUACGGUGUACAAGAAGCCUCAGGAAAUGGGACUAAGCUCCAAGUGAUGAAAGCAGCAGGAGCUUCUAAGGACAAUGAAAAGGAAAAGGGUGUCUCACUGCUGAUGGGGCUUGGGCCAGGCCUGGGCUCUGUCCUGGUGGCCUCUGCAGCUGUUCCCCUGAUGUUUCUGUACUGUAGGAAGAGACAAGGUGAGAAUGAAGAAGGAAGACCUUGA